AAAUUCCAUUCACUUUCAAUGGACAGACAGGCGUCACGUAGGCGUCACGCAGACGCUGUACACGCGUUGUUGCACAUACGCCUACGUGACGGCUGCGUGACGGGUGAACUACGCCUCAAAUACGUGACAUGAAGACCCGCGUGACUAGUUUACUCACGCAGCAGAGAAUCUAUAAAACCCAGUAGAGAAGAAGAAGAACUAGACGGAGUCUGAUUUGAUCCAGUCCAGCAGUCAGCACAUACUUUAAGAAAAUGGACACUUUCCGACUCCUCUUCGUCAUCUACAUGGUGAUAACAGCGUCUGAAUGUUCAGCCGAGCCCGUAUGUGAGGACUUUGAUGAGGAUGAGUACAACGUUCUUGAAGGGGAGGCAUUUUAUUUUGUGCCAUACGUUGUGGACAUCCCUGACAUCCCUGAUGAUAACAUCACAUGGUACAAAAAAAAUAUUCAGACUGAGAAUAUCACCACUGAUGAGAACAAGAACGUACAUUACCACGGUGGAGCACUCUUCUUCUUAAACCUCCACACUGAGGACUCUGGCUUUUACACUGCCCGGCAUACAUUGCCAUCAGGAGAGUGUUACAACUAUUAUUUAAAACUUGAAGUCUUCAAAGCAAGCCCGACGACAAUAGAGAAACUCCUCUAUGGAGAAAUCGAAGAUUCCAAUGAAAGCAAAAAGGUCCCAUGUCCAAGUCCUGUCAAAGACACAUGUAAAAUGUUGGGAGGAAAUCUCAGCUGGAACAAGGACAACAAACCCCUCGAAGGUCGCAAUGAAGCUGACCUGAGGAUUUAUAAUGCUACCAAAGACGUCGAGGGCAUCUACACUUGCAUUUGUACCUGGACACACAACAACACGCAGUACAAGUCUUCAGGCUCCAGGAGGGUGAAACAUCAAGAGUCAUAUGCUCACGAAGUGUUGACGAUCAUCUCUCCAACCAACAAGGAGCAGUUUGGUGACGAAGGUGUUGGGAUAAAGCUGAACUGCUCAGUUGUCUGCGGGAUUAACGUGAAAGACCACUGCGAUGCUCACUGGAUGAUAAACGGAAACACUUUCCACCAGAUCGAAGGAUACAAUCAAACCACGGAAACAGUCAAUGAGAGCCCUUCAAUGAAAACCAUCUCUACUGCCAUCCUGACCAUUGAAAAAGUGUCUGCGAAGGAUUUCAAGAGUGAAUUUGAAUGCGUUGGGGUAGGCUUCUUUGAAGUGAAGUCUACCACUUCUACUCUUAAGCAAAGAAGUCAGGGGUGGAUAAUCCCACUGGUUGUUGGGGCUGCGUGUUUAUUGUUGUUCUGUGUGUUUGCCGCCUUGCUGGUCAAGUGCUUCGUCACUGACCUCACUCUCUGCUUCAGACGCUGCUUCCCACAAAGCAGUUGCAAAAAAGAUGCGAGGGUGUAUGAUGCUUACGUGAUCUACCAAAUGCAGAGUGAGAACAAGUUCACUGAGGACACACUCUGUCAGUUUGUCACAAAUAUUUUGCCCUCAGUCCUUGAGGAAAAAUGUGGAUAUCGACUCUUCAUCCAGGGGAGGGAUGAUGUACCCAGGGAAGACCGUGUGGAGCUGGUAGAGGACCGCAUUAAGCAGAGCAAGAGGCUGAUGGUCAUCCUGGCCCCUGGCUCAGGAUCAGAGAAUGAGAGCACGGACCAACUUCUUGUCUCACCCAAAACUCCAGUGAUAGGAGGAUUCGACUGGCAGGUGGGACUGCACAAUUCUCUGUUCAAGAAGAAAACAAAUGUGAUCCUGAUCCAGCUGGGCAACCCUGGGCCACAAGGAUACACAGACCUCCCAGCUGAUAUGCAGCACCUGAUUCUCAAGAGCAGCCCCAUAAGGUGGCCGUUGGGCUUGCAGAGCUCGGCCGACUGGAACUCACGCUUCUGGAAGAGAAUCCGUUAUCUGAUGCCUGCCAGGCCUGCCAAGAAGUGUCCACAGCCUGCUUUUGUUUAAAAUUCUUCAUGGAUGUUUAUUUGGCCUUCCAGGAAUGAAAGAUUCAUAGCAUGUGCAAUGAAAAGGGUCCAAACACACCACUCCCAUCAAAAACUUAAGGCCAUCAGUUUUAUGUUGACAUCAGAAUGAUGCUAAAAAGUCCAGAUAGAAUCCUGAACAUACUUUAGGUUAAAGGAUGUGUUUAUUCCUUCAUAAAAAAUGUGUAAAGUUCAAAUAACUCUUUAUCACCCCCUGCUGGUUAGAAAAUAACAGUUAAAUUCCUGCAUUGUCAAAUAAAAAAACUACUGAUAAAAAUGAUUAUAAUUCAUGAAAAAAUGUUUUUUUGUUUUGUUGUUGUUGCUUUGAAGAUAAUCAAACAUGGUAAGCUGGAUAAAUAGUUAGAGCAGGUAACCUUUUGUUUGGAAAAUGUUGCUGGUUUUAUGACUGCUGAACAAGAAAAGGAUGAAACCUUCAUUAUUUUAGGAAGCUCUCCCCCUCCUAGACUCUACUGAUAUCAGACUGCUGCUGUCUUUAAAGUGUGCUGACUUGAAGUUGUAAACUUAAUGUAUUCUUUAUUUAUAUUCUAUGACUGUUGUAUUUACCCUUUUGUUUUAUACUUGUAUUUUGAAAUGUAUCUAUUUGCAGGUGUAGCUUCCACUAGAAGCAACCCAUUUAUAUCUACUGUACUUCAGGUAUAACUUAUAAAGACAGAAAUGUGUGUUUUUAUGCAGUGUCAUUUCUUUAAAAAAAAGAAAA